AUAUAGAACUUAUCUAUGAGCAAAUUUAUCGACUCUCACUAAUGACAUCACUCAAACAUUCCCUCUGUGUAGUUAAAGGUGUUAUCAUUAUUCAACAUUUAACCACACCUCAAACCCCUGGAGAAUCAUAUUUGACGACUCCUUUAGCGACGAAUAUCAAACCGUCGCUAAAAUACAAAGUUUGAGUUCCACCGUUUCCCUAGAAAAUUGUAUAACCCCUAUUACCUGCUAACUGAAUUUCAAAAUCUCCCAUGAACUUCUAAUCAUGCCACAACUUGCUAACUUCAGUCACGGUACACAUCACUCAUGGCACACAAUAUCAAAAGGAAAUCAAACAAAUAGAAACUCACCAAACCAACAAUUCACAAUCAAAGUAAUACUGUUAAACUUGCCCAAAGAAAAUUUUGUUUGUCUAUUCAUAUCAAAAGGAAGUCAAGCUUUGUUGUCUUCUGAAUCGUUCACACCAUGCACUGCCUUCUUUUGCAACCCAUAUUCACUGCGAUCCUUGUACCAAGGCUUAGUGAAGGAGAAGUACAGUCUGAGGGAAGAUUUUCCUUACAGGCUAAUUUGGCAGGGGCAUAUUCCCUCUAAAGUUUGCACGUUUUUGUGGAUCGUACAGUAGAAGAAAAUUCUUACGCACGACUCCCUGAAGAGGCGGGGAUGGAGCUUCCCCAGCAAAUGCGUUCUCUGCGGUUCAAGCGAAGAGGAUGCGAAUCACAUCUUUAUCACUUGCUGCUUCACCCGCAAAAUCUGGGAUAGAAUGCAAACUUUCGUGCACUUGGAGCAGGUACCGUCGGACAUAUCACAGGCAAUACAGAUUUGGCCACGGAGGAAACCUGCUUGCCCGAAGGACUGGUGCACAAGGACGUUUCUGCAUGCUCUGUGCUGGAGUGUGUGGAGAGAAAGGAAUUAUAGGAUCUUUGAAGACAGAGCAACUACGGAGAAUGUCAUUGCGUUUAAGAUUGGUAGUUUGAUUGCGAGAUGGUUGGUUGUGGCAAACAAAGUGGAAAAGGACACUGCUGAUCCUUGGGUAGAAGCGUUGCGGCAGGCUACGAUCGGUUCGGCUAGUUCUUAAGCGGGUGGGAUUUUGUUUUGGGCGCCAUGUUUAGUCCCCCUCGUUUUUGUUGUUUUGCUGCCUGUAUCUGUACUGUUUCUGCAGCUUCUGUGCAGUAACCUUUCCUUUCUUUCCCCCCCUUUUCUCUCCUGUAACUAUAUUUGUUUUAAUAAAAUUUGUUCACCAUUAUAAAAAAAAAGCAUAAAAAAAAGGCAUAAAAAAAAAAGGUCUGUCUUUCAAAAUUUGUUUGUUUCUUCUUAAAAAGUUGUAGUGUAUAUAUAGUUAACUUCUUCCAUCUUCUCGUUUUGUCAAACAUCAAUUGUCAAAAUAUAUAUAAUAGCAAAAUUUUCUGAAGUCUUCUCUGGUUUCCACCAAGAAGAUGGUGUACCUACAACGAAGGGCUUCUUUUUUACCGGUAUAAAGAAACCCUUUUUUCGUAACGAAUUCAUCGUCAUAAAAGACAAUACAAGCCACAUGACCUUUAACGACCAAACUCUGGCCAGCCUAGCGCUCGUGUAAAUAUCCCAACUCUCCCGCUGCCACAACUCAAACAAUUCACUGAGCAAAACGUGAAAGAGAACGAGUGAGAGAUAGAAAUACAAAUAAGACGAUAGGGGGCAAGAAAUGGAGAAGCCAACGACGACCCUCAUCUUGUCGCUAAUGGUGACAGUCUUAUUAGCGACCACCCACGCAGCGGACACGGCGAAUGCUCGGAAACUUGGCGGCUCCACGGCCACCGCCUUCAGUGAUCGUGGUUACCAAUUCCUGGCCAUUAAUGAUACGGGAGGGAUCGGUGAUUUCGGAGGCUGCGGUGGGAAAAGAUCAAUACGGUGCGCUGACGGUCUCUGUUGCAAUCAGUUCGGUUAUUGCGGUAGUGAAACCGACUAUUGCGGCGACGGAUGUCAGCCAUCAUACGGCAAAUGCGGCACCGGCGGCGGCGGCGGCAAGAGUAUACCCUCGCCGCCACCGCCCGGGAAACCGUGACGUCAACAUUCCUCAAGGUUCAUAAUUAUUAACAGCUUUAUACUCGAUCGGAAGUUAGAAGGGGAUGCUUAGUAUUAGUAAUGAAUAACGCUGUCAAAUUCAGCGAUGAAAUUAUAAUAUGGUAAUAAAUGCUUUCCUCGGGUGUUCUCUUACUAUAGGAAUAAUGUAUCUGUCUCAAACUAUUCUUUUUCAUCACAUAGAGAACCUGGUGCUUCCUUUAGAUAAUUUCUAUAUCUCAAUUUUCUCUUUUCAUUCCCUUAAUUUCACUAGCUAGCUUUCACCUCAUGGCCCGGAAUUUUCGUUCAUCAUGUUGUUCGUUGAGAGUAAAUAGGUCCAUUUGUACAAUAUUGUCCGGUUUGUACUAAGAUUGAAUUGAUUUUCUUUUUAGGUAUCAUCCCCGCCAAAAGGGCUAUUACUAAUGAGUUAAUUUAGUCAACACUAAUAUACAAUGGUCAUUUUUAUUGUAUGGAGUGUCCUAUACCAAUCCUUCACCUCAAGACAAGGACCGACCACCGAAUUUGUAUUUUUCUCUCUGCGAUUAUCUUGAUCCGUCAGAUACCUUUCAUAGAUAGGCUCUUCACACAAGGAUUUACCAUAUGCAUAUCUUGAUUUUCAUGUCUGAGAGACGCAAGUCGCUUUCUCGAUCCACCUAACAAAUGCAUAUUUUGUUUGCUUUGCCAGACAACGCAGAUUUCCAAUUAGAACUGCCAAAUAGACACAAAAACCGGGAGACGACAAAACAUCAAGUGCAUAGUCGUACAAGUAAUAAAGUAUAAGUAAAAUUAUUGUUUUUUGGGAGAUUGGUGAAAUUCAACCAUAAACAAAUUUUAUAGAAACUAUAGAAAUUUCAAAGGAUGUAAUAAAGUGUUAGAUUGAAAAAAUACAAAAAAAUUAAUUAUCCUGAAGAACGAUAUCCCUAAAAUGACUGUAUAAUUCCCUAUUUAAUCCAUUGCCGUUUCGAUAGGCAAAGUUUUCACAUUUCACAAUAGAAAAUGGAGAAAAAGUCGCGAUUAAAAUAUCUAGAUAAUGAAAUCCCAGAAACUUCCCCAGAAAUUGAUUAGUUCAUGAUGAAAAGAAAGAAUAUAAACAUGCUAAUGUUCAACAUCAUAACUAAUAAUUUAAACAAAUAAGUAGAGAAAAUAGUAAAGUUUUGAAGUUAAUCCAUAGCUUACAAAACUCUUCCUUUCUUCAAAAUGCUCUACUGACUAUUCUAAAAUGUGUCAAAGUGAACUAUCUCCUUUGAUUUUUCUCUCGAAAACUACUCUCCAACAGUGCCUAAGAGGGUCCUGCUUACUUGUUUGUUCUUCCCUUUUAAGCUCCCUUCCAACACAUUUUCUCCCUCAAAACAAUGCACUUGCGGCUUCCAUUGCCAAGAGAGAAAGUUGUUGUGCCAGCUAAAGUCUCUCCUUUCAUUAAAUUUUAUGCAUAUUUGUAUUUAUUGGCGAGCCACCAAAUUCAAGUGCUCACUUUAAAAAAAUCUAGUCCAAUCUCAAUACAUUAUGAGGGUUGCUCUUAGUUGGGUGAAGAUUGCAACUCAGUUUAGUUCAGUGGAUCUUCCUCGCGAUAGCCUCCUGCUGGGCAUUAGCGUUUACACGUACGUGUGGUUUUGAUCAAGAUUAUCAAAACACAAAAGGACAGGAAAACUUCCCUCUAUAUAGAGAAUAUACUCGAUUUCACCUAAGUUAAGUCACAAUUCAAUUAUUGUGAGUGAAUUAUGAUAAAAAGGUUAGGAAAUC